AUGGUCUCCUUCACUUCCAUCGCUCUCGCACUCGCUGCCGCUACCGCGUCGCUCGCCGUCCCUCUGGAUGGCGACUUCGCAGCCAACUUUCCCGAGAUCAAUUUCGAUCUUGGGGAGCUCGAGUCCAACCUCACCAAGCGCCAGAGCUAUUCGACAGACUACACCACCGGCAGCGGGAGCGUGAACUACUCCCCGAGCUCAACCGGUCCGUACACCGUGACAUUCUCCGGUGCCUCCGACUUCGUUGUCGGCAAAGGCUGGAAUCCUGGAAACGCCAAUGCCGUGACCUACUCCGGCUCCUUCAGCGCCUCAUCCGGCACCGUGACACUCGCCCUGUACGGGUGGACCACCAGCCCCCUCGUCGAAUGGUACGUCAUCGAGAACUACAACAUCGCGCCCAGCGGCGGCCAGAUAUCCACCGUCUCUACCGACGGCGGGACCUACAACAUCCUGAUCAACACCCGCACCAACGAGCCUUCCAUCGAGGGCACCGCGACCUUCAAGCAAGUCAAGUCUGUGCGCACUUCGACACGAAGCAGCGGCACGAUCACGCUGGCGAACCACUUCGCGGCGUGGAAGAAUGCUGGGCUGAGCAUGGGAACGUAUAAUCUGGAGGUUAUGGCGACGGAGGGGUAUAACUCGGCGGGUGGCUCGGUCAGUAUCACGGCGCUCAGUCACUAG